UUUCUUAUCAAUCCAACUAGAACUGAAUCUUUUUUGCAACACAACCGUCAUUCGUUGGAGACCAACAGAAUUUUUUUUUUUUUUGGAUUUCUUUGUUCUUUUAACCCACAUCUAUCGAUUUUUCUCUUCUCAUGGAAAACAAAUGGGUUCUUCCUCUAGCCCUAUCCUUGUUUAUAACUGUUCUUAGCUUGGCAGCAGCAGCUAAGCCAGUACUGCCACCAGUCUUCAUAUUUGGUGAUUCAACAGCAGAUGUCGGCACCAAUAACUUCUUGCCGGCUAGCAAGGCAAGAGCUGACUUUCCCCCCAAUGGCAUUGACUUUCCUCGCACCUCAAAACCCACCGGAAGGUUCAGCAAUGGCCUUAACAGUGCUGAUUUUCUUGCCCGGCAUUUAGGUUACAAGAGAAGUCCAAGCCCCUUUCUUUCUCUGAAAACUACUUCUCUUCAAAAGAAGAAGUUUAAUGGUAUCAACUUUGCUUCUGGAGGGUCUGGUCUUCUUGACAUAACUGGACACACAAUGCUGACAUUGAUGAAGUUUGGAACUGGAAAUAUUCCAUUUGGUGCCUCAUUCAAAAACCAGAAAAAAGUUAUCUCAUUAACAGAGCAGAUACAGCAAUUUUCAUCUGUCAAGAACAAUCUUACGGCCUUGAUGGGUGCGGUAGCAACUGAGAAGUUUCUUAAAGAGUCUUUGAUCUUCAUCAGCACCGGCAGCAAUGACCUUUUCGGAUACUACCAUUCAAAGAGUUCCAUUCCGAAGGAAAAGUUUUUGUCCUCUUUAGAAGUAGCUUAUGAGAAUCACUUGAAGACUCUAUACAAUCUUGGAGCAAGGAAGUUUGGCAUCAUCAGCAUUGCCCCGAUUGGCUGCUGCCCAUCUCAGAGGAUUUUCAAUGCUACUGGGGGAUGUUUGGAAGAGCUGAAUGAUAAUGCAAUAGCUUUUCAUUCAAGAUUGGAUGCCCUCUUGUGCAAGCUUAGCUCAGAAUACAAGGGCAUGAAGUACUCACUUGGAAAUUCAUAUGAAAUGACAAUCAAUGUCAUACAAAACCCUCUUCCAUUCAAUUUUACACAAGUGGCAGCUGCAUGUUGUGGAACUGGGAAGCUCAAUGCUGAAAACUUCUGUAAACCACAUGCAAAUCUCUGUUCGAAUCGGGAUCAAUACUUGUUCUGGGAUCGAUUUCAUCCAACACAGGCUGCUUCUAAGUUGGCUGCUGUUGCCCUCUACAGUGGUGGACCACAAUUUGUAUCCCCGAUUAAUUUUUCUCAGUUGGCCAAGGCUUAGAGCAAAGCCUAUCUAUUUGGUCAUGACUUGAUAUUAUGUCUGCAGAUGCAACUGUUUUUACUUCUGCUUUUUAAUUCACGUACUGUUCUUUUAUGCAUGCAUUGUAAAUUUUGUUUAUAAUAAUGCAAGUAGAUGUUGAUUCUGGUUUUGAAAAGUUCAAUCUGUAAUGAAGACUUCAUUUUUAAUAUCA